UUAGUGGCAAAGUUUGGGAAUUGAUAGUUGGUGGGGAGCUGUGAAAGAUUGCAAACGAGCGAGGGAGGAAGGAAGGAAGAAGGGAGGGUGGUAGGUGGGGGAGUGUCUCUCUGUUCCGCCUUGGAAUUUAAAUCUACGGGAUCGUAUUUGAAGACGGGGAUCUCCUCGGUGUUACUACAGCUCUGCACUUCACGCCCCAGACGAAAGCCAUGUCCGAGGAGCUCGCUUCUCUGCCCUGGUCCAUCAAUAAAGAUGACUACGAGCUGCAGGAGGUGAUAGGAAGCGGAGCUACUGCAGUAGUGCAAGCCGCAAUGUGUAUACCUAAGAAGGAAAAGGUGGCAAUCAAAAGAAUUAAUUUGGAAAAAUGCCAGACCAGCAUGGAUGAACUUUUGAAAGAAAUCCAAGCAAUGAGUCAGUGUCACCAUCCUAAUAUUGUUUCCUACUACACCUCUUUUGUGGUGAAGGAUGAACUAUGGCUUGUGAUGAAGUUACUAAGUGGUGGAUCUGUGCUAGAUAUUAUCAAGCAUACUAUUUCCAGAGGUGAGCAUAAGAAUGGAGUCCUGGAUGAGCCAAGUAUAGCUACUAUUCUGAAGGAGGUCUUGGAAGGUUUAGAGUAUCUUCAUAAAAAUGGACAAAUUCACAGAGAUGUGAAAGCUGGUAAUAUUCUUCUCGGAGAAGACGGCUCAGUGCAAAUUGCAGACUUCGGUGUUAGUGCCUUCCUAGCCACAGGUGGGGAUAUUACAAGAAAUAAAGUCAGAAAAACCUUUGUAGGAACCCCUUGUUGGAUGGCUCCAGAGGUCAUGGAACAGGUUAGAGGAUAUGACUUCAAAGCUGAUAUUUGGAGUUUUGGUAUAACAGCUAUUGAACUGGCAACAGGUGCAGCCCCAUACCACAAAUAUCCACCUAUGAAGGUUUUAAUGUUAACUCUUCAGAAUGAUCCACCAUGUCUAGAAACAGGCGUGCAGGAUAAAGAGACGGUGAAGAAAUAUGGCAAGUCAUUUAGAAAGAUGAUCUCCCUCUGUCUCCAGAAAGACCCAGAGAAAAGGCCAACAGCAGCAGAACUUUUGAAAAAUAAAUUCUUUCAAAAAGCAAAGAAUAAAGAAUUUUUACAAGAGAAGCUGCUUCAGAAGGCACCUACAAUCACAGAGAGGUCAAAAAAGGUGCGGCGGGUGCCAGGAUCAAGUGGUCGACUACACAAGACUGUAGAUGGAGAGUGGGAGUGGAGUGAUGAUGAACUUGAUGAAGAGAGUGAGGAAGGAAAGGCUGCAGUGGCUCAGUUGCGAUCACCAAGAGUCAAAGAAGCUUCCCAAAACUCUGAGGUUUUUCCAUCAUCAGAUACUAGUGGUCACCUUCAGCCUCCAGGACAGGUUCCUUGUCAGCUACCUCAAGCUCCUGCACAGAUUCCAGCAGCAGCUGUUCCACAGGCUCCACAGGCUUCUGUUCCUGUACCUAGUCAGCCAACACCUCCAUUGGCUACUCAGGUUCCAUCAGCACCUGUCCCUACUAAUGUGCCUGUAGACGACUCAUCAAAAACAACCAUCAGUCUGGUAUUAAGGUUAAGAAAUUUGAAGAAGGAAUUAAAUGAUAUAAGAUUUGAAUUUAUGCCAGGAAGAGAUACAGCUGAUGGUGUUUCUCAAGAGCUUGUGUCAGCAGGACUUGUUGAUGGGCGAGAUUUAGUAAUAGUUGCUGCUAACUUGCAGAAGAUUGUGGAUGAGCCUCAAACAAAUCGAUCAGUAACUUUUAAACUGGCUUCAGGUGUUGAAGGCUCAGAAAUUCCAGAUGAUGUAAAACUUGUGGGAUUUGCACAACUCAGCAUUAGUUAAAUUUUUUUCUGCCAAGGACCUGAAAUUUCUGGAAAAAAAUAAUAAAACUGCACUUUCGUGCAUAUUCCUUAAUUUUGUUGGCCUAUUGAAACCACUACUGCCAAAGAAAUUUAAAGAGCCACCACCCCAUAGGAUUGAAAACAAUGCUUUAUGACUAGGAGUAUGCUUUUAAACUGCAGUUUAUAGGAAGUAAAGUUAAACGUUUACAGUGUAUAUUGUAUGUAUGAUGCAAAGCAAUCACCAACAUCUGAACCCAUCAAAAGCUUUUUCCAAGUGUGCUCAGAAUUUAGAAAUGCGUUUAUAUCAACAUGAACAAAAGCCUGCAAGUCUUGGUAAUUUAAUAAUGCCUUAUCUAAAACAGUACUACUGAGUAAUCAUCUGGGAUAUUCCCAUUCUAGUAUAGACACUUAACUGUAGGAUGAAUGUGGUUUCAGUUACUAACAUCUAACAUUGCUUUCCAAACUGAAGGAAGACACUCCUUGGCAUGUUGGUACCAUAUUUGUAAGACUAAGGCAGGGAGCCAAAACAGUUUGCAAAAAUCAAACAUCUGUAUUAUACAUUAUACUUGAGUUGUUUUUUUUUUCCUUUUUGCCACUUUCGUUUAAAAUUAAAUGUUAAAUAUUGACUCGCUUACAGUUUUUCAGGUUCUUGAAACAGUUGGUGUCCCACUGAACUCAUGUGUUUUACUACGAGAUAAAAUAUGUGAGCUAUUUUUCUUAUUGGCCAUACAGAACACAUGGGAAUAAUGCAGAUGUUGACUAGUGAGCAACUUGCACCUACUAUAGAGUCUGCUUAAUCAUAAAAUACAUGGUACCAUAAAAGAAUCUCUUGUCUUCAGUAAAGUAUGCUCAUGCUUUUUUGUGCUAAGCUUCCUCUCCUUUGUAAUAUAAAAAUUGGUUUCAAAGUUGCCAGAUCAUGCAUUUCCUACUAAAACUUCAUUUUAUGAUAAUGUGGAAGUAUGUGGUCAAUAGGAAACAUAUAUUAUAGUAGCAGGGGUUGGGUGGGUCUACCAAUAACUGUCAAUUAUUGUAGGUUAAUAUUUUAUGUUUUUAAUCUUUGCCCAAAUCUGUUUCCAGAAAUUUGCUAGAAACUAAGAGCUGGAUUACAGACAAAUUACCAGCAAUGUGCUCUACAUUCAGUAGUGUAAAUACAAUGUGCAUUGCUGUUGUUAAUCAAAGUUUAUUAUAAAGCAGUUGAUUAGACUUUGUAAUCUACAUUAGUUGUAUUAACAAAUGCACAUGUUGAACAGCAGCAAAGUAAAAUUUGAAAAUGAUGACAAGAAAAUGUUAAGAUCUUUUUUAAUUCCACAUAAUAUGAUUUUUUUAUUUAUUUUUAUUUGGGUUAAACAACUUAGUAACUGGAACCACAUUCAUCCAUUCUUACAAAUUGUAUACUGGUCUGUGGAGUUUAGUGGUGAUUUUCAAUUAAAAAUCUUUUUUUUUUUUUUUUUUUAAAUGAAGAUUAAAAAUUAGGUAAGAGAAGGAUAGGAAGCCACAAAAAGUACUUGAUUGAGAACUUUACUACUUUACUAUGUAAAUAAUAAAAUUUGGUGUUGAUUUUUUUAUACUGGUGUUUCACACUUGGCCUUUGUAUCUAAAAUAAAAAUAACUUAGUGCUAUGUAUGGAUAAAUGGAAAUAGUGAAAUAUGAACUUUUCAAGGUUUUGUCUCACAGCACUUGCAGUAUAAUUUGGAAUUGUAAGGAUUCAGUUAAUUAAUAGAUAAAACAGACAACUGUAAUCUCUGACGUAUAAAGAAUCAUUGUUGCUUAAUACAUUAAGGUGUUUACAGGUACUGCCAAAUUAUGUGUUUAGCAGCAUUGCAGAAUGUUUUUGCUGUAACUCUUCUGUUAAUUUUUUUUUUUUGAAAAAAAAAAGUUAUUUUUACAUGUACCUCAUUGGCAAGAGUGAACAUGAAAACGAAAUAGAUUUCCAGUGUUAAAAGGUAAUAUUAUAUUGAAUGUGUUUUUGGAUGUCACAUCAUUCAAUUAACUUACCUAUAUUCUCAUUAAAUUGUACAUUUCAUGUAGGAAAUGUUAUGAAAAUGUAAGAUUUUGCUUUAUUUUUUUGUAAAAACGUAAUUCCUCCUGAGUGAUUACUGUUUAUGCACUAGAGUGCUUUUCAGGAGAUUAUUAAUGUACCACCAGUGCCAUAAGAGUUACUUCAUUUACAAAAAUCCAUUUUCAAAAAUUGUGAACAAACUGAACUAUUUUAUCAUAUUUGCCCCAUGACACGAUUAGUGCUUGUGCAGAAAGUUAAAGAGGCUAAAUCAGAAGAUCUCUUAUCCAUGUCACUGCUGCCUUGUUCAACAUAAUAUUCUUUUUUUUUUUUCUUUUCUAGCAGCAAGUAAUGAUUGUUACGGUACACUUUUUUCUUUCUAACUGCCUCCAGUGUUUAGAAUGCACAAGGCAAAAACAUGGUCUUCAAAAUUGAACUUUUCUGUUUUUUUUUUUUUUUUGUCUUUUUUUUUUUAAAAAAAAAAAACACAAAAAAACAAAGAUUUUUAGGGAGUUGUCUCUAAUAAUUAAGCUAGAAAUUCUUGCACUGCCUCAGCCGACCAUAAGCAAAACCCAGGAGCAAUGGAGUUGCAAUAAUGAUUGCUAAGGAUAGAUGUAUAUAUAUCAACACAGAGUAAAUUUCAGGUUUCUAUCAAAUUGUAAGUAAUAUAUACUGAAUCCACAAUAUCUUUUGUCAUCUUUUAUUCUCAUUCAAUUCUACUUCAGGCACAAUAUAAUUUGCAUAGAUCAUCUAUAUAUGCAUUUUUAUAUUCUUUGAUCUUUUAUCAAGAUAAACACAAAAAGGAGCUAUAUGAUGUUAAAAUUAAGCCUAUUCAGAAAAGUACUUUAUAGUAUAAUCUACUUUAUAGUACUUACAUUAGAUCUACUCGUGUGUACUACACUCACACAUGCAAGUAAGACCAAGAUAAUACCAAUUAUGUAAGGUCAGUUUUUUGUUUUUGCUGCUCCUUGAUAAAUAAAUUCAAAUUAACAUAUUCUGUGUAGAAUCUGAAAUAAAGUUUCUUGGAUCUUCCUCUUACAGAAUCAUUAAGGCUCCUUUCUGUUUUGUUAAUGCUAAGAGAGAAAAUACACCCUCGUUGUUUUCAGAAGUUAAACUAAAAGUCCAUUGUCCUUUGCCUCAUGUCCAAACUCUAUCUCCGCUACAGGAGAUCCAACUUACCUGGAUUGCCAUAGUUUGCCAGUUGCCUGUUGGGAGUGACUUUGUAAUAAACAAGUGCAGGCAUGUGCCUAUGUGGUACUGCUUCUGUACAUGCAUGCUUUCCAGUGUAGCCAUAGGACAUUAGGUUAUGUCUGUAAAACAAAAAAAAUGCUGCAUCUCCUUGUAGCGUCACAAGAACACAUUAAAAAGUGCUUUUUUCUCUCAGAUUCAUGACACUCAAUAGUCACCACAAAAUCAUUCUGAGCUGAAUUUAGGAUUCAGUAACAGCAGGAAGCUCACCCAGCUCAUUAAUUCCUGAAAUAACUGGCCUCCCAUGUCUUGCUGUUUUGUCUUUGGAAGGCUGAUGAGUUACAGUGUAGUGAAGUCUCUUACUGAUUAUUAUUUUUAAUAUGCUGGAUGAUAUUUCUGUCUGCUCUCAACCAUUAUUAAAGUAUUCUUGAAGACCACAAGUUCAUACAGUAUAUUGCAAAUUAAGAAUAAUUAACAAGUACUGAUUACCUUGCUUGUAAUGGUGUUUCUUCUAUGUUCCACAUUCUAAGAUCUCACAGUUGUCAAUUUCAUAUGCCAUUCACCGUUACAACUUUACAUGGCUGUUUCACUGCAAAGCCCUUCUAAUAAAUAAUAAAGGAGGGCAUCCUGAAGCAGCGUUGUGCAGCUGGGAAGAAAUGCCACUACAAGUAAUUUGUCUUUUUGCUUUACUGUAAUACAUUAUUAACAGUGAUUUUUGGAAACAUGGCAGAGUGUUUUACACAGUACUUUGUUUAAUGUGGGUAAUAACACAAAUGUAUUUAAAAGAAAGUUUGUUACUCUCUCCUCAAUUUUUUUUAUUUUUUUGUUUUUCUUUUCCCAUUUGGUUUUGGAUUUUAAUGCAUGGCUCUCUAAUUAUUUUUAAUCAAUAAAGACUGAAAUGAUCA